AUGUCACACAGAACGCUUUUAAUCACUGAUUUCUUCUCGAAAUGUCAUCCGACGAAUAUAUCAAAUGCAACUCUUUUUGAUAAACCAAUGAAAGUAAUCAAAGUCGAAGAUCGACAAUCACCACCGCUUGGAACUGAUCUUGAUCAGUGUACACCUAAUCUUCCUCUUGAAGAAACAUCACACACGGCAGCAACGAAUGCUAUUGAUAUGAAAGAAACACAUCAUUCAUCACAGAAUACACAUGGAAAAUCUUCGAUUCCCAUUCGAAUUAAAUUCGUUCGUCACCAUAGCGCUCCGAUUCAUCACCGUAGUCCAGUUAAGAUGCGCGAACGUCACAUGGAACAACAAGAUCUCGAAGAAAUACGUACCCGUAUUCGCGCAUUUCGAAACGAUUUAUAUAAAUACAAAUCAACUUACUCGCGUUCACCAAUCAAACGUUCAAAUGUGCUCAGUGACAUAACCACCAGUCCGUUCAAGCAUCCAUCACCACAAACACCUGUGAAAAGUUAUCCAUCAAUUCCUGCCUAUGAGCGUUUCAAUUCACUUGUCACGACAGUUGAAUUACCUCUGCCAAAUAAAUACCAACUAUUACUCGAACAAUACAAACACUUAGAUUUCCUUGUUUGCCAUACGCAUAAUAACGGAGGAAUUAAUACAUUUGAAAAAUGCCAACAAGUUAUUCAGCAAAAAACCAAACGAAAUUUUACGUUACAAACACUUGGGCGUAUCAAAACAAUCUGUCCAACGAUGUACGGUUUUCAACAAGAAAAGAUUCAAUUGCCAACAUUGAGUCCAAUGAAACUGAAACAUGAAUUAACCAUAACUCCAACUGAUUUUGGUAUUCACGCCGAUGUACAGAUCACUCCAGCGAUUAUUGUUGAACGAAUCGAUUGUUUUCGUCGAGCGCUACUCAAUUCAGUUAAAGCACAUCAUCGAACUUUUUUAUCGGAUAAACUUCAACAGAGUAUCGAUGAACUUCCAAAUGAUGAACAACUGACACGCUGGCAUCCAGAAUUUGAUCUUGAAAACAUUCCUGAUAUUGAUGUUGCACCAUUGCCUGAAUCACCGGACAAACAACUAUUAGCAUCACCAAUUGAAAUUCGCCAUUAUGCAGAACGUACCCCGUCCGAACGUGUCAAACGUGCUCUGUUCUCUGCAUUUUCCAGUGAUGAUAUCUCUUCGACGAUUGCUCUAUCCUCCCCAAAGAAAGAAGCUUUGUCCAUCGAUGGAAUAUCUUCAUCACUGGUUGAAAAAAUUCGUUCAAAAGAGACAAGCAAAAUUCUAUCGACUUCACUCAGUCAUGAAACGCAGAUGCUUUCUCGUCUCGAACAAACCAUUGAAAUCAUUCACCAAUUCUUUAUUGCUGAACGUGCAACUUCUCUUCAAUUAGAUCUUGUCGCUAGACAAAUACGUGAUUGUCAUUCAGGUCCACUUUCCUUUACUCAAUCAACGGAAACCAUUCGUUUCCUUCAUAUACAUCCGGAAAAUAAUGGUUGGCUUUCAAUACUGACAAUUCGAGGAAAGGAAUUCAUUAAAAUCAAUCGUCAUAAAUCGAUUAAUACAAUUAUUGGAGCUAUUCAACAACAAUUGAAACGCUAG